AUGUCGGAUAAUCAGAAAGAUGUCAUAGAACAAUCCACAUCCAAAUCAAAAUCCAAAGUAGUAGAGGUUACAACUAUGACUACUGAAAAUAAACAGCCGGUUCUAUCGGAAGAAUUACAGAAGGCCUAUGAUACUUUGACUCCAGAUAGUGCAGCAUUUUAUCAUAAUCUUAAUGACAACGAUGCUAAAAUAUCUUAUCUUAAAACUAUAGUAUCAACGCGACAAAACGAACGUAAAAAAGGA